AUGGAUGCCUACCCCAAGCCCCGCCACAACUACAUCUACACACCCCGCUAUGGCCAGCGCGGUAUCCUGAGCUACGCUGGCCAGCAGCAAAAUGGCGCAUACCCCGCCGGCAUCAUGCCUGGUGGCUUCAAUGCCGGUGUUGGCCUUGUUGCUGGUGUAGGCGUCGGUCUAGGAUAUGCGGCUGGCGUCUACCAACCUGCGGUAUACAACGCCCGUUCCUACUACCCUUACGCCUACAGUGCCGGCUACUACCCCGCCACACACUACCAAUAUCCCUCUUACGGCGGUUACUACAACGUCGGCCUCUACGGGCAGUCAUAUCCGCUUGCUAACUUCUACACUCCAUAUCAGAGGACCUACUACAACACGACGCCCACCUACGGCUAUACAACCGCUCAUGUCUAUCCUCCUGGUCCGCACACUACCACCACCACCACAUACCAUGUCACCAACGCCCAAGCUCAACCCUUCCAAGCUGCCCCACAGGUGGUGAGGGAGACUCGGCCUGCCUUUGGACACAAUGGCCACCCCACUCAGGGCUUCUCGCGCGAGGAGAUUCAAAUGGAGAAUCGUCGUGUUGCAACCCUGCGUGGCGCAUACGAUCCGAGAAAGAUACGCCCCGCCGAUGCCCGUGAUGACGAUCCGUUCUGGUGUCGCGAGCUAAACGGCGAGUGGCACCUGAGAAGCUAUUAUCAGAUCGAGAUGGAGUGUCAGCCUGGUCGGUGGAUGAUGGACGCUGACAUUGGCUUCUUGGUCUUCCACCGCGGCUGA